AUGAAUCAUUUAGAGGAGGAAGAGGUGGAGGUGGAUGGUAAUGGAAAGAACACGACAUCCAUGUCAUCAUCGUCCGUGACAUCAUCAUCCUCUAAAACUGCAAUAAUCGGAAAGAGAGCGACUGAAAAUUUAAACGAGUUCUUCACAUUGAAAGGGCUUGAUCAUCCAUGUAUUGUUAAAGUGAGGGAAGCAUUCUUGAUGUUUGAUGACGAAAAAUCGUUACAGCAAGGAGCAAUUAAGAAUGUGGCAUAUACGAUGAAGUUUUAUGAAAAUGGCAGUUUGGCUGAUUAUAUUUACAAGAAUAAGGGCAAUAUUUCGUACAAGACAGUGAAAUCAGUCAUGAUUCAAUUAUGUUUGGUAUUGCAAUAUCUCCAUUCUAGAAAUUUGUUGCACAGAGAUAUCAAACCACAAAACAUUUUCAUUGAUUCCUUAUAUUCUUUUAAAAAUUCAUUUAUUCCACAAAAUCAAAUUGAUCCAGCACUCAGCUCUGUCAUUGUUAUUUUAGGUGAUUUUGGAACAGUUCGAAAAUUUAACGAAGGAUCCAUGAUUAGAACCAUGGUAGGCUCUCAAUUUUACAUGUCACCUGAAAUCAUGUAUGGAGAAUCCUACCAAUUAGAUGCUGACAUUUGGUCAAUGGGUGUCAGCAAUUAG